AUGAAGCUCCACCCCGUCAACUUCCUCCAGGCUUCGACCAUCGUCCUGCUCAGCAUCACCCUCUCGACCUCUUCUCCCUUGGAAAAGAGGGGUCCUGUCUGCCGUGAGAUCGUUGUUCCUGUUACUAUUACUUGCGACAAUUCUAUCAUCAGUCCUACCAUCGACUUGGGCUCACAGGUCGGCCUGCUAUCAAGCGUCGUUGGCCUCUUCUUCGGCCUAACAGUUCUUGGGACGUACGACAUCCGAGGUACAUACUGUGAACCUGAGGUCAACAUCCCUUCUCGAAGCAACACCUUGCAGCUGCUCGCGCAUCCUGCUACGUACGACCGCAACUAUUGGUCACCUGCAUACGAUGGCGACCGGUAUAGUUGGGUUGCGUAUGCCUCCAAACAAGGCUAUCCUACAUUCGCAUACGAUCGCCUAGGUAAUGGAAACUCGAGUCGUCCUGAUGGAGUCACCAUAGUCCAAAUGCCAGCUCAGGCAGCGACUGUGCACGAAAUGAUCCAGCUCAUCCGAGCUGGCCCUGCAGGUGGCUCUCCAUUCCCACGAGCCUUCGAUAAGAUCAUCCAUGUCGGUUGCAGCAUGGGAUCUUUGAUGGCGAAUGUUCUUAAUGUCCAAUACCCCAGCGAUGUCGAUGCCACUAUCCUCACUGGCUUCAGCAAAACGUGGAUCAACGUCAUACCAGGUUUCACGCUCACAGCUGGCCUCCUUCCGGCGCAACUUGUUCAACCCAGCACAUACGGCCCGCUGACUGUCGGCUACCUUCUGCCGACGUCCGAGCCUGGUGUUGAAUAUCUGCUCUUCUAUGGCCCUCCUGGAACGAACUAUGAUCCUGAAUUCAUCCACCAAGACUACCUCAACAGAGGCACGUUAACCCUCGGAGAAGCUGUUUCCUCAGCGUUGAUUCCUACAGCCAGUCGCUACAAAGGAUCUGUUUUUGUCAUGACUGGACAGCAGGAUGUGGUCUUCUGUGGCUCGCUUGGCUUCAUCGGUGGUGGGCCUGGAAACUGCGGCAAUGGUUCAUGGAGUAUUUUGGCGCAGACGCAGGCUCUUUACCCCCAAGCGAGCAACUAUACGUACUAUGGCCUUCCCAACGCAGGGCAUUGCUGGGAACAUCAGUACGUAGCGCAGGAUGGAUUUGCUCGCGCGCACGACUGGCUGGCUGGACGCGGCUAUUAG